AUGAUGACGCGGAAGUGCCUGGCGGCAGCAAUGGCCGUCUUUUUCGUGAUCAUGGGCGCAGCGUCUGUGGCCCACGGAAAGAAACUGCGCAAGGUGGCCGUUCUGGCGGGGUUUUACGGAUUCGGUGCAGGAGUCCACUUGCUCGGCGGCUUGGGAGUACUGCACGGGCUGUACAGCCAUUACGGGAGCUCGAGCCACUAUAACUACGGCUACCACGACUUCCAGCACCUGCAUCCCAUUCCUGUGCCUCAUCCCGUACCAGUUCCCGUGCCCGUCCAUGUUCAUCACCUUCACGCGGCGCAUUAUGAUGGCGUCGGUUACCACGACGACUACGGCCUCUACGGGGGCCACGGAGGCUUGUGGUAA